CUCAACCCAUGCCGCGUGGAACUCUGGGAUUGACAACAAACUGCUUUUGUCGAUUUUUCAUCCGCCCUACACCGACGAGCGUUCCAAACUUGCGAAUUUUCGGAAGACAACAUGGAAAACGUGCAUCUGGCGGUAGAAGAGGACGAUAUUUAUUCGGGAUACAACGACUACAACCCAACGUUUGACAACGAGGAGCUGGAUAAGGAUGCGGGCUUCCAAGAAGCGGUUAGAACCAGUCACGGAAGGAGACCCCCUAUGACGGCUAAAUUUCCUGGAACUGCCGCAGGGGGGCGCCCUUUACCUUCAUCCCUUGGAACUCGGAUGGCCCUUACCUCCUCAAUCGGUCGACCUGUGACUGGAGUUGUACUGGAUGGCGCAACUCGGCCCAUGUCGGCAGUCAGGGCAGCGGGUUUCACCUCGUCGAGAGCACGUGGCUCAUCUUUUGACCCUCUUGGUCAGUCUAGAGGCCCUGCGCCUGCACUGGAGGAAAAGAGAGAGGAUUUGCCCGAGGAGAAGAUCAAGCUCUUGGAGAAGAAAGUGAACGAUUUGAUCACUGAGAGCUGCAUGGCGCAAAGCACGGGCAACUCUCAACUGGCUCUUGAGAAAGCCAAAGAGGCUGAGAGGAAGGAGAGACUCUUAGUGAGACAGAGGGAGCAGUCUGGCACCGCAGAACAACUCAACAUAGAUCUCACCUACGCUGUUCUGCUCAAUCUCGCUAACCAGUAUGAAAACAAUGAGAUGUACCCCGAAGCUUUGAGCAGCUACCAACUCAUCGUAAAGAACAAGAUGUUCCCCAAUGCAGGGCGUCUGAAGGUGAACAUGGCCAACAUCUGGGUCAAGCAGAAGAACUACGCCAAGGCCAUCAAGUUGUACCGCAUGGCGCUGGACCACAUCUCGGACGAAUACAAGGAGAUGAGGAUCAAGAUCAUGCAGAACAUCGGCACCGUCUUCGUGCUCCUGGGCCAGUACUCGGACGCCGUGGCGUCCUUCGAGCACAUCAUGAGCAAGAGCCCCAACGUCAGGACCGGCUACAACCUGGUCCUCUGCUACUACGCCACCCGCGACGCCGACGGCAUGAAGAACGCCUUCCACAAGCUCCUCGCCGUGCCUCUCCACGUGCAUCACGAAGACAAGUACAUCACCGCUAACGAUGACGUCAUUUCCGACAUGUUGAUGGAGGCUAUCAAGAAUGACAAGCUGCACCAAAUGGAGCGAGACCUGAAAGCUCGUGCCGAGAAGUAUGUGAUGACGGCCGCUAAGCUCAUCGCUCCCGCCAUCGAGUCCUCUUUCGCCGCCGGAUUUGACUGGUGUGUGGAGAUGGUGAAGAGCUCUCAGUAUGUGGAGCUGGCCAAUGACUUGGAGAUCAACAAAGCCAUCACCUACCUCAGGCAGAAAGACUUCAACCAGGCCGAGGCAGUGGCCAUACUGAAGACCUUUGAGAAGAAGGACAGCAGAGUGAAAAGCGCCGCGUCCACCAACUUGUCCGCCCUCUUCUUUCUGGAGAAGGACUACGAGCAGGCCGAGCGCUACGCCGACCUGGCCAUGAUCGCUGACCGGUACAACCCCGGAGCGCUGGUCAACAAAGGCAACGUGGAGUUCGUCAAGCGGGACUACGCCAAGGCUGCCGAGUUCUUCAAAGAGGCGCUGAGGAACGACUCCUCCUGCACCGAAGCCCUCAGGAACCUGGGUCUCACGUACAAGAAGCUGAAUCGUCUGGAGGACGCGCUGGACUGCUUCCUGAAGCUCCACGCCAUCCUCAGAGACAGCGCCGAGGUCAUGUAUCAGCUGGCCGACACCUACGAGCUUCUGGAGGAUCCCCACCAGGCGGUGGAGUGGCUGAUGCAGGUCAUCAGCGUGGUCCCCAACGACCCCAAGGCUCUGGCCAAGCUGGGGGACUUGCACGACCUGGAGGGGGACAAGUCGCAGGCCUUGCAUUACUACUGCGAGUCCUUCAGGCUGUUCCCCUGCAACAUGGAGGUGAUCGAGUGGCUGGCGGCCUACUACGUGCAGACGCAGCUCUACGAGAAGGCCAUUCACUACUUUGACAGGGCCAUCCUCGUGCAACCGAGUGAGGUGAGGUGGCAACUCAUGGUGGCCAGCUGCUACAGGAGAAGUGGAAACUACCAGAAAGCUCUGGACACUUACAAGCAAAUCCACCACAAGUUCCCUGAAAACGUGGAAUGUUUACGCUUCCUGGUGAGGCUGAGUCAGGACAUGGGCCUGCAAGAGGUCCAGGACUACGCCAGCAAGCUGAAGAAGGUGGAGAAGAUGAAGGAGCUCAGAGAGCAGAGGGUGAAGUCGACGCGAGAGGGCAGCGCCAGAGGUCGGAGAGAAGGCAGCGCAGGAAGUGCUGACAGCGGCCGCAGCAGCAGCAACGGCAACAAAGGCGAGCGUCUGGGCGCUCAGGUGAUGUCACUUCCUGCUUCCGGCGACCCUUAUGAGAGCAGCAGCCCCAAGGAACUCGACGCCUCUUACGCGGACCCGCUGGGGCCCCUGACGGAGCGACCCAAGACCGGGGCCAAGGUGCGGCCGGACGACGACGACUUCGCUGAUGACGACCUUGGAGAUGAGCUGCUGCCCGAGUAGCUUUAUCACGUACUUUAAAAAA